AUCACGAGACUGGGUAUUACGCCUCCUGAGCAGGUACAUUUGCGCAGGACUGAUCGUCUGUGAUGAACGAUCACGUGGAUCUGAUAUUUCGCAUGGCUUCUUCGCCCUGAUGUGGUCGGCCAACUCCUUCUCUCUGUCGAACGGAGCGGCACAUCGAGGGCAAGAUACUUUACGCGGUGCGUGGCGCCUAUACAAGUGCUCCUUUACUCUAGCGAUGGAGGGCCAUGUAUUUCUUGCGCAUAUCGAAUUGGGCUCGAUCUUACACGGGUCGGCCUUGAAAAAUGGACAGGCAAAUCGAACAGCCGCCGUCGACGUCGAACGCUGCGUAUUAGACGACGCAUCUUUGUGUUCUUCGACACAGGAAGAGUGCCUUCGUCGCGGUUGGGAAAUAGUAGCCGUUUGGGCUGGAACCAUCGCAUCCAUCGAGAGCUAGCAAAAUAUACUGCAAAAGUUGUUCUUCCCCCCCGAAGUACUUGAGGAAAGGAGUAAAAGAGUAUUGAUAAAGGAAAGGUCUGUCUUCGACCACCGUGCCUGAUUGAGGGCUGUCAGAUGCGUCGGAGUUGAGAAUGACCAGACCUCCGGGACUCGGAAUCAGGAGCAACUGGAGACUCGGGCCGGAAGGAUCUGAAAUCGGACCGGCAGAGCCAGGAUGAUCGACAAAUAUGUGAGAAUGAACCUCUUGAGAACCAGUUUAAUCCCAAUAAUCG